CCCUCCCUCCCUCAUUCAGGGGUGGGACCGAAGAAGAAGGCUAACUUGACAGCAGCGCUUCUUUCUUAGCUAGUCACCGGCCCCUGCUCAAGAAUGCCAGUGUGUAUGUAGCCUCCGCAAAGAGGUCGUUUUCUCCGAGUCCAGUGGGGCCGUCUGAGCUUCUAGGAACUAGGGAGGAGCCAUCCCAGCCAUGAGCCCCUGUGGGGAUCUGCUGGGGGGCAAGUGGCCGGGAGUCCUCAGGCUCCUCCAGCUGCUCCGGAGGGAGAGGUGAGCUCAGGGCAGCCUGCCUGCAGCCAGAGGUGCUGGGAGCCCUGGGCCUGUCAUGGUGACCAUCUACAGCCGGCCCAAGGCACUCAUAGACGGAUUUGCAGCUGAGCCUGUUUAUCUGGUGUGGGAAGAAGAUGGGGAGUUACUUGUCAGUCUCGGCUUACUUCACCUCCAGAGACCCAUUUCGGUGUUCAGAAUGCCAGGAUUCCCUCACCAACUGGUACUACGAGAAGGAUGGGAAGCUCUACUGCCCCAAGGACUACUGGGGGAAGUUUGGGGAGUUCUGUCAUGGGUGCUCCCUGCUGAUGACAGGGCCUUUUAUGGUGGCUGGGGAGUUCAAGUACCACCCAGAGUGCUUUGCCUGUAUGAGCUGCAAGGUGAUCAUUGAGGAUGGGGAUGCAUAUGCACUGGUGCAGCACGCUACCCUCUACUGUGGGAAGUGCCACAAUGAGGUGGUGCUGGCACCCAUGUUUGAGAGACUCUCCACAGAGUCUGCUCAGGACCAGCUACCCUACUCUGUUACGCUCAUCUCCAUGCCAGCCACCACUGAAGGCAGGCGGGGCUUCUCUGUGUCCGUGGAAAGUGCCUGCUCCAACUACGCCACCACUGUGCAAGUGAAAGAGGUCAACCGGAUGCACAUCAGUCCCAACAAUCGCAAUGCCAUCCACCCUGGGGACCGCAUCCUGGAGAUCAAUGGGACCCCGGUCCGCACACUUCGAGUGGAGGAGGUGGAGGAUGCAAUUAGCCAGACGAGCCAGACACUUCAGCUGUUGAUUGAACAUGACCCCGUCUCCCAACGCCUGGACCAGCUGCGGCUGGAGGCCCGGCUCACUCCUCACAUGCAGAAUGCCGGACACCCCCACACCCUCAGCACCCUGGACACCAAGGAGAAUCUGGAGGGGACACUGAGGAGACGUUCCCUGAGGCGCAGUAACAGCAUCUCCAGGUCCCCUGGCCCCAGCUCCCCAAAGGAGCCCCUGCUGUUCAGCCGUGACAUCAGCCGCUCAGAAUCCCUUCGUUGUUCCAGCAGCUAUUCACAGCAGAUCUUCCGGCCCUGUGACCUAAUCCACGGGGAGGUCCUGGGGAAGGGCUUCUUUGGGCAGGCUAUCAAGGUGACACACAAAGCCACGGGCAAAGUGAUGGUCAUGAAAGAGUUAAUUCGAUGUGAUGAGGAGACCCAGAAAACUUUUCUGACUGAGGUGAAAGUGAUGCGCAGCCUGGACCACCCCAAUGUGCUCAAGUUCAUUGGUGUGCUGUACAAGGAUAAGAAGCUGAACCUGCUGACAGAGUACAUUGAGGGGGGCACGCUGAAGGACUUCCUGCGCAAUAUGGAUCCGUUCCCCUGGCAGCAGAAGGUCAGGUUUGCCAAAGGAAUUGCCUCCGGAAUGGCCUAUUUGCACUCUAUGUGUAUCAUCCACCGGGAUCUGAACUCUCACAACUGCCUCAUCAAGUUGGACAAGACUGUGGUGGUGGCAGACUUUGGGCUGUCACGGCUCAUAGUGGAAGAGAGGAAAAGGCCCCCCAUGGAGAAGGCCACCACCAAGAAACGCACCUUGCGCAAGAACGACCGCAAGAAGCGCUACACAGUGGUGGGAAACCCCUACUGGAUGGCCCCUGAGAUGCUGAAUGGAAAGAGCUAUGAUGAGACGGUGGAUAUCUUCUCCUUUGGGAUCGUUCUCUGUGAGAUCAUUGGGCAGGUGUAUGCAGAUCCUGACUGCCUUCCCCGAACACUGGACUUUGGCCUCAACGUAAAGCUUUUCUGGGAGAAGUUUGUUCCCACAGAUUGUCCCCCAGCCUUCUUCCCGCUGGCCGCUAUCUGCUGCAGACUAGAGCCUGAGAGCAGACCAGCAUUCUCAAAACUGGAGGACUCCUUUGAGGCCCUCUCCCUAUACCUGGGGGAGCUGGGCAUCCCGCUGCCUGCAGAGCUGGAGGAGUUGGACCACACUGUGAGCAUGCAGUACGGCCUGACCCGGGACUCACCUCCCUAGCCCUGGCCCAGCCCCCUGCAGGGGGGUGUUCUACAGCCAGCAUUGCCCCUCUGCGCCCCAUCCCUGCUGUGAGCAGGGCCGUCUGGGCUUCCUGUGGAUUGGUGGCCUGUUUAGAAGCAGAACAAGCCAUUCCUACUACCUCCCCAGGAGGCAAGUGAGCGCAGCACCAGGGAAAUGUAUCUCCACAGGUUCUGGGGCCUAGUUACUGUCUGUAAAUCCAAUACUUGCCUGAAAGCUGUGAAGAAGAAAAAAAAAAGCCUGGCCUUUGGGCCAGGAGGAAUCUGUUACUCAGAUCCACCCAGGAACUCCCUGGCAGUGGAUUGUGGGAGGCUGUCACUUACACUAAUCAGCGUGACCUGGACCUGCUGGGCAGGAUGCCAGGGUGAACCUGCCUGUGAACUCUGAAGUCACUAGUCCAGCUGGGUGCAGGAGGACUUCAAGUGUGUGGACGAAAGAAAGACUGGUGGCCAGAAGGCACUCAAAGGGUGUGAAAAAGACAGUGAUGCUCCCCCUUUCCACUCCAGAUCCUGCCCUUCCUGGAGCAAGGUUGAGGGAGUAGGUUUUGAAGAGUCCCUUAAUAUGUGGUGGGAAAGGCCAGGGGUUAGAGAAAGGGCUGGCUUCUGUUUACCUGCUCACUGGCUCUAACCAGCCCAGGGCCCACCAUCAACGUGAGGGGAAGCCUCCACCUCAUGUUUUCAACUUACUACUGGAAACUGGCUGAGUACUUAACGGGCAACAUCCUUUCUGUCUGCAACAGUCACAAGCACAGGAAGAGGCUAGGGGACUAGAAAGAGGCCCUGCCCUCUAGAAAGCUCAGAUCUUGGCUUCUGUUACUCAUACUCUGGUGGGCUCCUUAGUCAGAUGCCUAAGACAUUUUGCCUAAAGCUAGAUGGGUUCUGGAGGACAGUGGCUUGUCACAGGCCUAGAAUCUGAGGGAGGGGAGCGGGAGUCUCAGCAAUCUCUUGGUCUUGGCCUCAUGGCAACCAUUGCUCAUCCUUCAGCAUGCCUGGUUUAGGCAGCAGCUUGGGCUGGGAAGAGGUGGUGGCAGAGUCCCAAAGCUGAGAUGCUGAGAGACAGCUCCCUGAGCUGGGCCAUCUGACUUCUACCUCCCAUGUUUGCUCUCCCAGCUCAUUAGCUCCUGGGCAGCAUCCUCCUGAGCCACAUCUGCAGGUACUAGAAAACCUCCAUCUUGGCUCCCAGAGCUCUAGGAACUCUUCAUCACAACUAGAUUUGCCUCUUCUAAGUGUCUAUGAGCUUGCACCAUAUUUAAUAAAUUGGGAAAGGGUUUGGUGUAUUAAUGCAAUGUGUGGUGGUUGUAUUGGAGCAGGGGGAAUUGAUAAAGGAGUGGUUGCUAUUAAUACUAUCUUCUUGUUAUAUCUAUUGGGUGGUAUGUGAAAUAUUGUACAUAGACCUGAUGAGUUGUGGGACCAGAUGUCAUCUCUGGUCAGAGUUUACUUGAUAUAUAGACUGUACUUCUGUGUGAAGUUUGCAAGCUUGCUGUAGGGCUGAGCCCUGGACUCCCAACAGCAGCACAGUUCAGCAUUGUGUGGCUGGUUGUUUCCCAGCUGUCCCCAGCAAGUGUAGGAGUGGUGGGCCUGAACGGGGCCAUUGAUCAAACUAAAUAAAUUAAGCAGUUAA